AUGAUAUUGUUGGUGCUGUUGCUGUUGGUGCUGCUGCAGACACCCCACACUGAGUUCCGGGAGCAUCCCGCUAAAUGUGCUGUCCAUGAGCCACUCUCUACUCUUCAUAAAUAUUAUAAGAGAGGUGACUUUGUGAUUGGUGGAACUGCUUCUCAGGUGCUUGUAUUUAUGGAUAAAUUUGUCUUCAAUGAAUAUAAGGAUUUUGAUCCUACUGUACCCAUGAUGGUGACAAAGGAUUAUCAACAGGCCCUGGCCUUGGCAUUUGCUGUAAGUGAGAUUAAUGAGAAUCCCACGAUUUUACCUAAUGUCUCUUUGGGGUUCCACAUCUCUGAUAUCUACUACAGUCAGAGCAGGAUAUAUUAUACUGCAAUGGAGUUUUUCUCUGCACAGCACAAAUUCAUCCCCAACUAUCAGUGUGCCAUUCAGAACAACCUGAUAGCAGCUAUUGGGGGACUGGGCUCUGAGACAUCACGUCAUUUAGCUACUAUUUUGGACAUGUACAAGCUGCCACAGUUUACUUAUGGUGAUUUUGUCCCUAUGACGAGUGGUCAGUCCGAUUUCCUUUCUUUAUACCGGAUGGUUCCAAAUGAAAUCCAUCAAUACAAGGGGAUUGUCCAGCUACUCGCGCAUUUCAGAUGGGUGUGGCUUGGUCUAAUGGUCAUGGAUGAUGAAAGUGGAGAAUUUUUUCUAAAGAACCUACUACCAAUGCUUUCUGAGAGUGGCAUCUGUCCUGCCUUCACAGAGAAAAUUGCUAAACUAAUUUUUUUUGAUGACUUUUUAACUAUUCAAGCAAGUUGGAAUGAAACAAUUGUAAAUAUUAUGCAAAAUAAAGCCGAUGUUAUUGUUGUCCAUGGAGAUGCCAAAACCAUGAUGGUUUUGAGAACAAUGCUACAAGGAGCAAAUGACUAUAAGAAAUCAUUUGGUAAAGUAUGGAUUAUGGCAUCCCAGCUGGAGAUCAUAGCACUGCGGAUGUUCAAGGACUGGGAUAUAGAAGCCUUCCAUGGUGCCUUAGCCUUCACAGCUCACUCACAUGUGGUGCCAGGAUUCCAAAGUUUUCUUCAAAACUUAAGGCCUCUUUUAGCCAAAGGAGAUGGCUUCAUCCAACCCUUCUGGGAGCAGGCAUUUGACUGUUCAUUUUUAAAGUCAGAAUUUAAGGAGAUGGAUGUUAAAACUUGUACUGGGGAAGAGAGGCUGGAUAGCCUUCCUGGGCCUUUCUUUGAAAUGAGCAUGACUGGCCAUAGCUACAGUAUCUACAAUGCUGUCUAUGCUUUGGCACAUUCUGUACAUGCCAUGUACUCAUCCAGAUUGAAAUCCAGGAUAAGGGUGGCCAGAGGGAGGCUGGAAUACAAGAACAUGCAUCCAUGGCAGGUGAUGCCCCUUUCUCUCUGUAAUGACAAUUGCCUUCCUGGUUACCAGAAGAGAAAACAGGAAGGGAAGCCAUUUUGCUGCUAUGAUUGUGUGCCAUGUCCACAAGGGAAGAUAUCUCACCAGCCAGACACAGUUUCCUGUUCCUCAUGCCAGGAAGAUCAUUAUCCAAACAAAGAACAAAAUCUGUGCUUUCCCAAAACAGAAACCUUCUUGUCUUAUGAAGAGCCAUUGGGGAUGAGUCUAGCAAUAUUGGCACUUUUAUUUUCUUUUAUCACAGCUCUGGUGCUACGAACCUUUAUAAAGCACCACAACACUCCCAUUGUCAAAGCCAACAACCGGGAUCUCACCUACACUCUCCUCAUCUCUCUCCUCCUUUGCUUCCUUUGCACAUUGCUCUUCAUUGGUCAUCCUGGGAAGAUGAAGUGUCUGCUCCGUCAAGUGGCAUUUGGCAUGGUCUUCUCAAUGGCGGUGUCUUGUGUGUUAGCAAAAACCUUCACAGUGGUUCUGGCUUUUAUGGCCACCAGACCUGGAAGCAGCAUGAGGAAAUGGGUGGGGAAAACAGUGACCAAUUCCAUUGUUCUACUCUGCUCCCUUAUUCAAGCAGUCAUUUGCACUGUAUGGUUGGCUACCUCUCCUCCUUUCCCAGAUAUUGACAUGAACUCAGUGGUUGAUGAAAUUGUUCUUGAAUGUAAUGAAGGGUCUGUAACUAUGUUUUAUUGUGUCCUGGGUUAUAUGGGCUUCCUAGCUUUUGUGAGUUUCACUGUGGCUUUCCAGGCCAGGAAGUUACCUGACAGUUUCAAUGAAGCUAAAAUGAUCACUUUCAGCAUGCUGAUGUUUUGCAGUGUGUGGAUAUCUUUUGUUCCAACCUACCUGAGCACUAAAGGAAAAUACAUGGUAGCUGUGGAGAUCUUCUCCACCUUAGCCUCUAGUGCUGGCCUGCUGGGUUGUAUCUUCCUCCCUAAAUGCUACAUUAUUGUGCUUAGGCCGGAACUGAACAAUAUAAACAAGUGUAAAAUUAUGCAUAUUGGAGCAAAAAAU